UCCUAAAUUAGCACUUUAAUAUUAUGGGUCAAAAUGCAGUGCUUGAUUCAGGAGCAACGGUUGCAUUUUAUUUACGUCCUGAACGGGCAUACGUGGCACACAAGGCUGUGUUUGUGUUUGAUCAUUAAAAUGCUGCUGCUGUGUCAGUCUGACCUAGGAUUAUUCAUAAUUAUUUUGGCAUAUAUUUCUGAGCUCUAACAUGAAUCCUGAAGUUCGAGUUUAUUUAUGUCUUUUAACAAAAACUAAAAUAGCCUAUAUCAAAUUAACAUGAACAAAACCUAAAAUAAACAGAAAUAUCUCCAGUUAAAAUGGAAUUAAUAUAGUCAUUUCGCCUCAUAAAACUCGGACACUAUAGCUAAACUUUCGUCCAUCUUUACAUGUUUAAGUGUUUACAAUACAAACAGAAAAGGAUUGCUGUGUUGGGAGAGAGUGCGUGUUUUUACUUGUUCCCUGCAGGGCCGGGUAUGAGGAACAGAAAAUGAUGUCUUAAAAAUAUGCGUCCACGUAAUUACACCGCAAUACAAAGACUUCGUCUGCCUCGUGGGUUACUACAUUUGCCAGGGAUCAGAUGGAGAAACAGCCUUUGCCACCUGACGAGACCAGAGUUGCAGAGUCCGAAGUCGAUGCCCUCACCGGGGAGGAAAGACAGCAGGGCUCAUCUGAGGCUACUGCUCGAGCCGGCUGGAACAGUAAAAUAGAGUAUUUUUUGGCUCAGGUGGGAUUCAGCGUCGGGCUCGGCAACGUCUGGAGGUUUCCAUAUUUGUGUCACCAGAAUGGAGGAGGGUCUUUUCUCCUGCUGUACGUGCUGCUCAUGCUGGUUGUGGGCAUCCCCUUGUUCUUCCUGGAACUGGCAGCAGGCCAGGCCAUCCGGCAGGGGAGUAUCGGAGUGUGGAAGUACAUCUCCCCGAGGCUCGCAGGCAUCGGCUACUCCAGCUGCGUGGUUUGUUUCUUCGUGGCUCUGUACUACAACGUGAUCCUCGCAUGGAGUCUCUUCUAUCUCGGACACUCGUUCCAGUAUCCGUUACCUUGGGAGAAGUGUCCAAACCAGGGGAAUGUAACGGUAAAGGAAUGUGAAAAGAGCUCUCCUACAUCGUACUUCUGGUACCGCAAAGCUUUAGAUAUCACCGACUCCAUUGAUGAGGUGGGCCCUUUCAACACGUACAUUGUCUGCUGUCUGCUGGCGGCGUGGACCAUCGUGUGCCUGGGAAUGUUCAAGGGCAUCAAGUCUUCCGUCAAGGUGAUGUAUUUCUCCUCCAUCUUCCCAUACGUGGUGCUGAUCUGCUUUCUUGUCCGAGGACUCAUGCUGGAUGGAGCCUGGGAGGGAAUCACCUACAUGUUUUACCCAAAGCUAGAAAUGUGGGGUAAUGUCCAGGUCUGGCGGCAGGCAGCCACACAGGUUUUCUUUGCCUUGGGCCUCGGCUUUGGCUCCAUCAUCGCCUACUCCUCCUACAAUCCCAAGAACAACAACUGCCACCGUGAUGCAUUCACUGUCUCCUUCAUAAACUUUCUCACCUCUGUGCUGGCUACUCUGGUGGUGUUUGCUGUGCUUGGCUUCCGAGCUAAGGACAAGGUCAAGGGAUGUGUGGUCAGUAACAUAAACAAAUUAUCAGAGAUCUAUCACGCGGGUUUUGUUGACCAAGACCUGAUGCCAACCUUCAACUACUCUCACCCAUCUUCAGUGACUGUAGAAGACUACAGUAACUGGUUCAAAAACAUUGGAAAUAAGCUAAAUUUAACUGACUGUAACCUGGAAAAGGAGAUGCAGGAUGGCGUCGAGGGUACAGGUCUGGCGUUUAUUGCCUUCACAGAGGCCAUGUCACUCCUGCCUGGCAGCCCCUUCUGGUCCGGCCUCUUCUUCCUCAUGCUGCUCAACCUGGGCCUCAGCACCAUGUUUGGCACCAUGGAGGGCAUCCUCGCCCCCCUCACUGACCGCUUCAAAACUCUGGCCAACAACAAGACCAAGCUUACAGUUUUCAGCUGCAUCAUCGGCUUCCUGAUCGGCCUGCUCUUCACUCAGCGCUGCGGGAACUACUUUGUGACCAUGUUCGAUGAUUACUCGGCCACCCUGCCUCUCAUCAUUGUGGUGGUUUUUGAGACAUUCAGUGUGGCGUGGCUGUAUGGAGCUGAUAGAUUCCUUGACGACAUAGAGGUUAUGCUGGGAUGGCGCCCUCCUGUCAUUUACAAGUACCUGUGGAAAUAUGUGUGCUUGCUGUCGAUGCUGGGACUUCUGGGAGCAACCGUCAUCCGCAUGUUCAUCAAACGCCCCACGUACAAGGCCUGGAACCACGAAACGGCCUCUGACAGUGAACUGCCGUAUCCUGACUGGGCUCUGGCUGUUAUGGGAUUAUUGAUCAUAUUUGCCAUGAUGCCCGUCCCAGUGGGUCUGAUCCACUCUGUCCUGCAGGAUCGGAGAAAGCCGUCGUCCAGAGACAUGGAGACCGGUCAGUACAGAAUUGUCAGAACUGACGAAACUCCUGUCACUGACAUGUCUGAGCUGGAAUAUAGGAACGGGUUUUCUGCUUCUGUGUCCUGAACACUGGACCUAUUAUUCAGUGAAAGAAGACCUAAAAUAUGCAUAAAAGAUUUAAAUGGGCCUUUUUUUU